CAACCUUUCCUUCCAUCAUUACACCACCUCUCCUAAACCGUGCUGCUCGCCAUGUCUAGCUCAGGCACAGUUGCUGUUCAAGCAACAGGCUUGAAAUCAUUCAAACAAGAUGCUGGAAAAUCAACACAACAAGAACCAAUCAAAGUAGCAGUAAUGACUUCAGGCGGUGAUAGUGCUGGAAUGAAUGCUGCCGUUCGAUCUGCAGUAAAGAUGGCAAUUUAUAAAGGUGCACAUGCAUACGUCAUCAGAGAAGGUUGGGAAGGUUUAGUAAGAGGAAACGAAGCUGGAAGUGAAGAAGGUCAAAGAACUCCAACCGGAUACGCAAAAGGAAAUGAUGUUUUCAUUCCUACAUACGGGGAAGGGGAUCUUCUACGCGAAGGAGUUGGAGAAGCAGAUGAAAUCGGUCUAAAAGGUCGCUACAUCGUUCGUGUAGGCUGGGAUGAUGUUCGUGGCUGGAUGUCAGAAGGUGGUACCUUGAUCGGUACUGCUCGUUGUGCUGAAUUCAGAGAACGCUCGGGUCGCCUUAAAGCAGCAAAAAAUUUGAUCUCGUGCGGUAUCAAUGCUCUAGUAUGCUGUGGUGGUGACGGAAGUUUAUCAGGCCUGGACAGACUACGUCAAGAAUGGAGUAGCUUGGUCAAGGAGCUACACGACACAAACAAGAUCACCUCAAAACAAGCAGAAAAGCAUAGUUCGCUGCGUGUUUCUGGAAUCGUGGGUAGUAUCGAUGGUGAUUUCAGUGGUACAGAUUUAUCUUUGGGGUUCCCUACAGCUCUAACACGUAUUGUAGAAGCAAUCGAUUCAAUCUCUUCUACCGCAUCAAGUCACCAACGUGCUUUCGUUGUUGAAGUGAUGGGACGUGCUUCUGGUGCACUUGCCAGCUCAGCUGCCAUCUCGGUAGGCGCUGAUUACGUCUUUGUGCCUGAACGUCCUCCUUCCGUCAAUUGGAGAGAUGAAAUGUGUGAUAUUUUGCGUCGUCAACGUAUUGUAGGAAAACGUCGCACGAUUGUCAUUUUGGCAGAAGGCGCGAUUGAUAGUGACUUGAACCCCAUCAAAGCUGAAGAUGUCCGUCUUUGUUUGGAGAAACAAUUGCAAGUUGAUGCUCGCUCUACAAUUUUGGGACACGUUCAACGUGGUGGUAAACCGGUUGCUGAAGAUCGUAUCUUGGCUACUCUACAAGGUGUUGAAGCAGUUAACGCAGUAAUGGAAGCCACACCAGAAACACCAUCGUACGUAAUCGGAAUACGAGAUGACACGAUUGUGCGUUUGCCACUGAUUGAAGCUGUCAAACAAACCCAUCAAGUGUCAGAACAUAUUCAAAAUAAACAAUUCGACAAAGCGUUGGCAUUGCGUGAUCCUGAAUUCAUUGAAGGACUAUCGACAUUUGAUUUGAUCAGCCAUGUAGACAGCACGAUCAAGCUGCCAGAAAAACAACAAGCAAGAAUUGCGAUUCUCACUGUCGGUGCACCUGCUGGUGGAAUGAAUGCUGCUAUCCGAACGGCAGCGCGAUACUGUCAAGCCCGUGGACAUACUCCUUUGGCAGUACACAAUGGAUUCGAUGGUCUUGUCGAUGGUCAAAUUGCACCUUUGUCUUGGAUCCAAGUUGAUAACUGGGCAGUCCGUAGCGGAUCGGAAUUGGGAACAAAUCGUCAUUUGCCCGACAGAAACAUUCAAGGCGUUGCAGAUGCAAUCACGAAACACAAAAUCCAAGGUUUGCUAUUGAUUGGUGGUUUUGAAGCAUUUUUGUCUGCAAAGAUCUUACACGAACAAAGCGAAAAGAUUAAAGCUCUGCAAGUGCCAACUGUUCAUAUUCCGGCAACUUUGAGUUCAAACAUCCCUUUGACGGAAUCGAUUGGAUUCUCUACCAGUUUGAACGAAGUUGUGAAUGCUGCUGAUACACUCAAGAGAAGUGCCAGUGCAUCGCGUAAUCGUGUCUUUUUCCUAAGUUGUCAAGGAGGAAAAGAAGGUCGUUUGGCCGUCUUUAGUGCUUUGGCCGCAGGAGCAGUGAUUGUCUAUACACCCGAGACGGGUAUUACACUUCAACAAUUGGACGCAGAUGCGGCUUGGUUGCGUAAGCGUUAUCAAUUGGACACCAAAGGUAAAACAGAAGGUCGAUUAGUCAUGGUGGCAGACAAGGCAAGCGAUGCGUUCAAUUUGGAUGCCCUAAAGAGUAUCUUUAAUGAAGAAGGUAAAUCAUUAUGGUCUACACGUGGAUCAGAAUUGGGUCAUUUAUGUCAAGGAUCUAAUGUUUCACCGAUUGAUCGUUGUCGUGCUGCACGUUUGGCAAGAAAAGCAUGUGAAUUUAUUGAAGAGAAUGUAGGCAAACAAAACACGAUGCCAGCAAUUGUUACGAUUAACGGUACAAGAUUGGAUAUUGUUACAUUGGACAAGUUAAUUGAAGCUUCCGAUUUCGCUAACCGUCGACCGAAAGAGCUUACAUGGUUAGAAUACAAAGAAUUGACGGAAUUGAUGGCGGGUAAGAAGUUGAUCUGAGGGUAGGAAGUGUAUUGUGGUAUACUUGUGUACAUGUAUGAAUUCCAAAGAUAGAAUAAUAUUUUCAUUUUCUGCUAUCCUU